AUGGAUGCACCAGAUAUUUACUAUGAACACCCGGAGACUAAUGUUACUAAUAGAUCGGGAAUAAUUCCCGCGCUUCAGAAUGUGGUUGCGACAGUGAAUCUGAACUGCAAGCUUGACUUGAAGAACAUUGCAUUGCGUGCCAGAAAUGCAGAGUACAAUCCAAAGAGGUUUGCAGCAGUCAUCAUGAGGAUCCGCGAGCCAAAAACAACAGCAUUGAUAUUUGCCUCUGGAAAGAUGGUGAUAACUGGUGCAAAGAGCGAGAAGAGCUCAAAGAUGGCUGCACAGCGGUACGCAAAGAUAAUCCAUAAGCUGGGAUUCAAUGCAACUUUCGAUGAUUUCAAGAUACAAAACAUUGUUUCUUCAUGCGACAUCAAGUUUAGCAUCCGAUUGGAAGGACUGGCAUAUGCACAUAGCAACUAUUGCAGCUAUGAGCCAGAGCUUUUUCCAGGUCUAAUAUAUAGGAUGGUGAAGCCAAAGAUUGUCCUGCUGAUCUUUGUUUCUGGAAAGAUUGUACUCACGGGUGCAAAGGUACGGGACGACAUAUACCAGGCAUUUGAAAAUAUAUAUCCGGUUCUUACACAAUACAGAAAGACGUAA